AGGCUGCGCAGGUCGCGCGCUCGGGGUCAGACCGAUUGAUCAACAAAUAUUUCAACCGGUCUGAUAGUGUGAAGACAGAAGCACUCCAACUUCAGUUCACAAACUGCCAGAACCCGGAAGACUUGUACAAGCUCGGCUUGUGCUUGUUUGUGGAGUCAGUGCUUCUGGGCCGCGAGGCCAACGCGCUGAUCACGCCUCACAUACUUAGAUAUGUGGAAGACCUCGAGUUCUUCUUCCGGAUUCCUUGGGGGAAGCACUCAUUCGCCAGACUCAUGCACUCGCUUCAGAAAGACAUGUUGAAACAGAAGGCCAACUACGAGAAGAAGCUGAGUUCGGAUGUUCAGCACGAGUGCAAAUACACAGCAUAUGGCUUCGCACCUGCAGUCCAAUAUUGGGCGUACGAGGCCAUUUUGGAGGUUGGCAAGAGGUAUGGCACGAACCACGGGAUUCGGUUCCCCAGGAUGCUUAGCUGGACGAGCAAAGGCGAUAUUGGGAAGAAAGACGUCAGCGCAUUAUUUUCUAGACGGAAUCUGGAAGUGGUGAAGGGGCUACUUCCACGGACAGAGGAGGAGGCAUUUGUGAGGACAAUAUCUUACGAUGGUGUGGAGAACCUGGUUGAUGAUGUUGUGGAUGACACAGAGGCUGAGGCAGGUAGUCAGGUACCAGAGACUCAGGUCCCAGACACUCAGGAAAGAGACACUCAGGCCACUGGUUCAGAACCUCAGCCCAGUGCACCAUCUGCAUCAGGCGUUCGGGGUGCCGAGUACACUGAUUUAGUGGCUCGGUUGGAUAGGAUCGAGGCUGACACUCAGGGUCUGUAUGCUGCUCAUGUCGAGCUGAAGAAGGCAUACGAGACCAGCCAUGUAGAGCUGAAGGGUGGUCAGAACGUAAUUAUGGAGCAGCUCAGACACAUAUUGGCCAUGUUGAAUCGUCCGCCAACGACAGCUUCAGCACCGGAGGCCCCAGCAGAUCCAUCUACCCCACCACCAGCUGCUUCACCCCCAGUAGAAGAGGAUGAGGUCUUCCCCGACGAUUACGAUCCUUAUGAGGGAGCUCCAGCGACUCCGAUCGAGGCACAACCUCUUAUCCAUGUACAUGACACCGAGUCGCAGGGUGAGAUUCUGUCCAUAGAGGCACAACCUGCAGUGGUUAAGAGUCGGAAGAGGAAGAGAAAGCCUCCUGUAUGGUUCGGUGACUAUACGGAGAUGAAGAGGAGACAUAGGCCAUCUUCGACUUUUGAUCCACAGGAGCCACGGAUGAGAAAUUGUUAACCACUUUCCGAAAGUGGUGUGUUGGACUCAUUCCGAACCACCGACUUCGGGAUUUGAGAAGUGGUGAUUACGGUCCAGGAUUCUUUUGGAUAAUGCUCACACCAAAGGAAUGGCUUACAGAUGACCAUAUAGAUGCAGCAAUGCAUAUGCUGAGGAGGCGACGCACCGACUAUCCACUGACAUUUCCUUAGAAGGGUAUCAUUCUCUUCACAUUCGUGACCGCCAUGAUCAGCAGUGCAUGGACGAGCCACAAGGGUCCGAGGAAAAACUUUAAAUGGGAGGAUUAUAUCCUGGACUACUGCACAGGGGCUCAUAAGGUAUUGUUUUAGUAAGAUUUUAAAUGUCAAUUGUUUGGGAAGAUUAUUAUGGUUUGUUAAUUGUUUCGUUGUUCUCUGUAAUUACAGUCCCAAGUCUUUGAGAGAUGGAGGGGUAACGAGUUUAUUUACUUCGUUCUGAACCUUCCCACGGCAAGGCACUGGGUCACAGUUGAAGUCGACAUAGAGCUGUGGAAAAUUAAUGUCUACGACUGUGAUUCCAGCGUCUGUCAUUGGACCGCCAUGGAACCCAUCAUGAAGGAUUGGGCAGAACUGCUGCCCUCGCUAAUCCUUGCAACCGGGGAAUUUCCACAUAACAACCAGAUCAUGGCGUUAGCUAACGGUGACAUCACGGUGCUUCCAAAAAUGCACGCGACUCGAGCCACUCACGACUUAGUUCCGAAGUCAGCAACCAGUGGUGAUUGUGGUGUGUAUUGCAUUGAGUAUGUGGAGCAUCUCAUGAUGCAGCGUGGAUUGACCGAUGUGACGCCAGACCGGAUAGCCAUGUUUCGUCAACGGUGGUGUGUCGAUUUAUUUUACCAAAAUGUCGGCUGAUUAUAUGUGUAAUUAUUGGGACAUUGUAUAUUUUGUGUAAUUAACAUUACAGUUAUGUAUAUAUAGAUUUUCUUUUCGUUCAAA